AUGGCGGCUGACGGAGAAUCGCUGGAGUCCUGGCUCAAUAAAGCCACCAAUCCCUCCAAUAGACAAGAGGAUUGGGAGUUUAUUAUGGGAUUCUGUGACCAAAUCAAUAAGGAACUGGAGGGUCCACAGAUCUCUGUGAGAUUGUUGGCUCACAAGAUUCAGUCCCCACAAGAAUGGGAGGCAGUACAAGCCUUGACGUACCUCGGGGACAGAGUCUCAGAGAAAGUCAAGGCCAAAGUGAUCGAAAUGCUGUACAGUUGGACGAUCUCUCUAUCAGAUGAGACUAAGAUCUCUGAAGCUUAUCAGAUGCUGAAAAGACAGGGUAUUGUUUCAGUUGACCCAACUCUCCCCCCUGAUGGUACACUAUCACAAUCACCUUUAUCACGUCCCAAGAAUCCAGUGUUUGCUAAUGAGGAGAAGAGCAGGAGAUUAACAGAGCUACUGAAGAGCAAAAAGCCUGAUGAUCUGCAGGAGGCUAACCGUCUCAUCAAGAACAUGGUCAAGGAGGAUGAAAUGAGAAUGCUGAAACAGAAGCAGCAAAAGAGCACCCUGGAGGAAGUCAACAACAGCGUCAAACUCCUCAAUGAGAUGCUAUCUCACUUCAGCACAGACGACUCCACGGAUGGAGAUAAGGAGCUCAUUAAGGAUUUGUAUGGUGAUUGUAACAAAUUCAGACGGAUUGUCUUCCAGCUCGCCACUGAGACUGAAGAUGACGACAGCAGCUUGGGAGUCAUCCUGCAGGCCAGUGAUGACCUCUCCCGUGUCAUAAACUCCUAUAAGGAGAUUGUGGAAGGGCAAAUCAUCAAUGGAGAUAGAGAAGAAGCGCUUAAAACACCAUCGACCAAACAGAACUCCAAACCACCAGAUGGCACCACAAACCAGUCAGAGAUCCUAAUCGACCUGGCAGGUCUGGACCUCCAGAGUCCUUCUUCACCUGACCAGCAGUUCAUAGCCUCCUCCCACUCCAUUCCUGCUGAUCUGCUCCUUGGGUCUGAUACCACCAGUAGACCCCAGUUCCCGAGUAUCAGCAAAUCCUCCACAGCACUCUCCCUGCUAGAUGGAGAACUAUUAUCUCUGGGUCUUAAUGACCCUGUUUCUGCUCUAAGUACAUCAGCCAUACCAAAAGAUGAAAACUGGAAUGAUCAGGAAUUCGGCCUGAAUUUGGACCUUUGUGGCAUCAGUUCUGUUCCAGCUACUGCACUUUCAAUGCCUGAAGCUGUUGCAGAUGCUCUCUCCACUACAAUAGCAGCAGUUAGCCUUCCUCAUCCUCCAAAAGCAGAUUCCACCUUAAGCUUCCCUGGCCCGGUCUUCUCUACACCGCCUUUGUCCACGGAAUUGGUCUCAACAUCAGUCAUCCUCCCACAGCCAAUCCUUGGUCCCGAAUCUACAAGUGAACCCCUGGCUGCUCUUUUCCCAUCACACAGCACAGCCUUCACCUUGCUCCCAUCUGCUGCUACAUUAACCAACCCAGCCAUCCCACUAAAGGUAUCCGGUUCAGGUUUCUUCUCUCCCAGUGCUUCUGCCCAGUCAGUCUCUCUCACCCACACUCAGCAAGACUUUGACAUGCUGGACCUGGGCCGCCCUAAAACUAUGCCUGGCACAAUGGACAAUUUGCUGGGCAUGGGCGAAAGUUUGGCUGCUUCCACUGCUUUGUCUUCUUGUCCUGGUAUCCGGCCUUCUACAUCCAUCCUGCCGCUUGUGGGAGGGAUGCAAGCAGACUCCAUUCAACCAUUUGUAAUGGGUCAGGCUGAUGAUAGCCCGCUGUUACGCUCCCUGUCCCCCGUCCUUCCCUUGAGCCAGGCCAGUCCAGCUUGGGGGCAAGAGAUCUCCCUGGCUGAUGUCCAUGUCUCUCUGGAUGCCAUUAAGCCAAGCAAGGUGUGUCCCAUUACAGCAUACGACAAAGAUGGCGUCCGUGUUCUGCUGCACUUUUCCACUAACUGUCCACCUGGCAGGCCUGAUGUACUUGUGAUGGUUGCGUCUAUAAUCAACACAGCCCCACUGCCAGUCAGGAAUAUUGUUCUGCAGGCUGCUGUGCCAAAGUCAAUGAAAGUGAGACUGCAGCCUCCCUCAGGAACAGAGCUGGCUCCGUUUAACCCAAUUCUUCCCCCUGCUGCCAUCACUCAGGUGGUGCUGCUAGCCAAUCCACUCAAGGAGAAAGUUCGGAUGAGAUACAAGUUGACGUUCACACUGGGAGAGCUGCAGUGCACAGAAGUUGGAGAGGUGGACCAGUUUCCUCAUGCUGAGAAAUGGAGGGCACUAUAGCCCUUUCUGUCCCUUCAGGGUAGCCACACACUACCCAUAUUCAUGUAACAAUUUAGCCUCCUAAUUAAUCAUGGCAGCUAAAUGUUCAAAAUGAAGCCAUUAUUAGAAAGCCUCCUUUGAAAACUUUGAAAGACUUUAUCCAUAGUCUUUUAUGUAAGUUUGAGGUUUUGCUACUUCAGUCUCUUUCCCAACCAAAUACUGUGGCGUCUUUAUGCAUGCUCAAUAAUCCAGGUAAGAAAAUCACAGAAAGUCGAAUCAGUUCAUCUGGACACAACGUUUAUGAAGAGAGAAAUUUUUCAUCACUCAUCUAAGUGACCUCUUCAGUCUCAACUGACUGCAGGUAUCCCCACCCUCAUAAACA